AUGAACGAGUUUGGUGUAUUUUCGUUUCCGAAAAUUAAGCUGUACGCUAUGAACUUCUUACAGCGUUCGCCAGCCUGGCGUCGUUCACGCCUAGCAGAUGAGACCCAAUUCUUGAGGCACUUCCUCGGUAUCCCGACCUCUGCGCACACCUGUUCGACUUCCUCCGCCUCGCUUUCUGUUCGCUCGUCAGAAAUCUCCUGUGGCCCGCGGGCCCCUCCUCAUGGAUCUGAGGUUCAUGAGAGGGCAGAUCGAGGAUUUCGGGCUCUGGGGCCCGGCGGACCGGGUUUUGCUGGCCGGGGCCCGAAUUUGCAGAUCUGUGAUUUCCACCCUGUUGGGGUGGGGGAAUUCGACCUCCACCCUCUUGUGGAAGUUGAGGUGGCAGCCACAGGUGGCGCACUUUUUGAAGGUCGGGCUACCGUUCGGGCCGCCAGGCUGGAAAAGGGCACACCCGUCGAGAAUGUAUUCUCCGAGGGCUGCCGCGUGGUUGUGCAGGCACUCCUGGUGCGUGAUGGCCACAAGUUCAACCCGUGA